GGGAGCGGUGCGGAUUGGUGCGGUCCGGGUUCCAAACCAUAUAGGCUGAACCCGCAGGAGCGGAGGGCUCAAACCCGCACGCUGUUGGCACCGAAUCUUUCCCAUGGCCGCCGCCCCUGUAGCCUAGGUUCCCCGUUCCUGCGCGGCUGCACCACCGCCCAGCGCCGCCACCCUGCUCUAGGGCUCUCGCCCUGCAACGCGCCUUCUUUCUUUUGGCGGCUCGGCCUCCCGCGUCCACUGCCGCCGCCGCCCUGCCCCUCGGCCCUCCGGCGCCGUCGUCAUCUUGGCCGCCGCCGUCUUCUUGGUACCCACCGGCACUGCUUCUCCACCAGCGGCUCCUAACUUCCUGGGGUAACAGGGUGGAGACGGGUUCUGAUCAAGCAAAUAAGUAUUGUCCGGAAUCGAGCGCAUCAACCUGGAUUGGGUCUCCUAUUUGUUCCCAGAACCGACUUGCAUCGGGCAGAGCUAAUUCUUUGUCGAAUUGAAUUGGCGUGGAAGGAUCUAUAAGUACUACGCGGCCGAACUGGAGUUGCUGCCCUUCUGUCUCUAGUUUUGGAUCCAUUGAUUGGCAGGCCCAUCCGCCAUCCGUGUUAGCAGUUCUCCACUAUGGAAGAAGCUCCAUCUCCAGAUUGGUCAGGGCUGCCGGCGGAUAUACUGCACAGCAUACUCGAGUUGCUUGAGUGCCCGGACAACCUCCGAGUUGCCGCUGUCUGCACGGCGUGGCACAGGACGUCCUCCGAGGCAGUCUGCCGCAUCAGCCAGACCCCCUGUUUACUCUAUUGCACCGAGGCUGCCGGCCCAAGCGCUGUUGGCAUGUACAGCCUCUUGGAGCAAAGGGCGUACACAAUUUCCCUGCCAGACCCACCAAUAGCCGGGCGGUAUUUGAUUGGCUCGUCCCAUGGCUGGCUUAUCACUGCUGACGAGAAGUCUGAUUUAAUGCUGCUAAACCCCAUCACCGGUGAGCAGAUGAGACUCCCACCGGUAACUACUAUGCAUCAUAUCAAGCCUGUCAUGAACGGCGAUGGGGUCCUUGAAGGAUAUGAGAUGUCUUACUAUCAUGGAAAAUUAUUUCCAAGGAUUGAAGAACCAGCCUGUACUUACCAAUUGGAUGAAUAUCGUGAAACAGUAUAUUUCAAAGCUGUCUUGUCGUCUGAUCCAUCUUCUGGUGACUGCACUGUUAUGCUAAUCCAUCAGCCAUACUGGCAGCUCUCGUUUGCCAAAGUUGGAGGAGAAACUUGGAAUUGGAUCGGAAUAGGGACCGAUUAUACUGAUGGCAUUCAUCAUGACGGAUGGUUCUAUGCUGUUAAUAUUGCGGGAACAAUUGACAGCUUCUACUUUAAUGGUACAUCUAUCAUUCAUAAGAGGAUUGCAUAUCAAAUGCUAACGCGACCUACCAAGGUAGUCUACAUCGUUCAAGCCCCAUGGGGUGACAAGCUCCUAAUUAGUAGAAAAUCAAGAACUACUAAUCAUAACACGGAGGGUACGUUUGAAAUUAUGGUGUAUAAGUUUGAUCCUGGCGGUAAGGAACUUAUCAAGAUGACAGGAAUAGGUGACCAUGUGUUGUUUAUUGGGCAUAAUGCUUCACUCUGCCUUCCAGUGAGUGAUCAUCCCCAGUUAAUGCCCAGUUGUGUUUAUUAUACUGAUCACGCUGUUGAAUCGUUAUUUGAAGCCGAAUCCAAUAAGCGUGACAUGGGAGUUUAUCAUUUGGAAAGUAAUAUUAUGACGAAUAUAGUGUCUCCUGAGCCUUGGAUGACGUGGUUACCUCCGUUGUGGUUGACUCCCAAUACUUCGAAAACAAGCAAUCGCAGAACCCUGUGCUUGGAAUAAUGGAGGCAGGAAGGAUUAAUUUCACUCUGGUCAUCAAUAACCAUCUGAAGGCAUGUUGGGUUCAGCCUUUGGAUGAGAGUACUGCACUAGCUAACAAAUGCUAUGAGAAGGCACACUGCCAUCACGAACUAUGUUGUCGUUUUGUGCUACAUUUUGUCGCCUUGGGGUAAGUUGUAAAACUAUGACUGCUAGGCAGCGUGUGCUGUGACCGUUGGCUGUGGGGAUUUAUUAAUUUAAAGCUGGACACUCGUUGCCUUCAUUCUAAAAAAGUACUCCCUCCUUUCCAAAUUACUCUGAGUUUUAGGUUUAGUUAAAGUCAUACUUUAUAAAAUUUAGCCCAAAUAUCUAAAAUAUAAAAUCAAUAUUAUUGGAAUCAUCGUAAGAUAUGAUUUCAUAUUAUAUGAAUUUGCUAUUUUAGAUGUUGAUGUUUUUUCUAUAUAAUUUGUUAAACUUUACCAAGUUUGAUUUUGACUAAACCUAAACCAAAACUGCAGUGUAAAUUGGGACUGAGGGAGUAUGUGUGUUUAGAGGCCCGGA